UCCUCAGUCACAUAACAACAAAAUGGCUGAACCAAAUAAAAAAAGGCGUCUCUCAGGAGAUGGGGGAAGCAAUAGCGACCCCAAUAUGGAUGCCCCUAAAAUGGAAAAAACAGAAGCCAAUUCCCCACAAAAGUCAACAUCCACAUCUCAACCCCGGAGAACUCUCUUCGUCCGAUCCCUGGCACCCUCUAUUACCACCGAGAAACUAGCAGAAUAUUUCUCCCAGUCCUACAUCGUCAAGCAUGCGAUUGUCGUUACGGAUUCAGAAACCAAACAGUCCAAAGGCUACGGCUUCGUUACGUUCGCCGAUAUCGAAGAUGCGCAGGGCGCCCUGGAGGAAUUCAACAAGUCCGAGCUAGACGGGAAGAAGAUCAAGGUUGAAUACGCAGAGCCUAGGCAUCGAGAAGUUGACGAGGAUCUUGGCAAGAGCUUGCCUUCAUCAUCUACGGCGCUGAAGCAGAAGCUCAAGGAGGAGAAGGAGCAGCGGCGAGCAGCGACGCAACCACCCAAGCUGAUCGUCAGAAACUUGCCGUGGAGUAUUAAAGAGCCCGAUGAUCUUGCCGCGCUGUUUCGGAGUUUUGGCAAGAUCAAGCAGGCGACUCUUCCGAAGAAGGGGACGAAGCUUGCUGGGUUUGGUUUUGUGGUGUUGAGGGGGAAGAAGAAUGCCGAGAAGGCAUUGGAAGCUGUCAAUGGGAAGGAGGUGGAUGGGAGGACGUUGGCGGUUGAUUGGGCUGUCGAGAAGGGUGUUUGGGAGAAUCUGAAGAACUCUGCCGUUGAAGAAGCGGGCAGUGAGAAGGGAGAUGAAGAGGAGAAGCCGAAGAACGAGGGCGAGGAAGAGGAAGAUGGCUCUGAUGUUGACAUGGAGGAUGCUUCUUCUAACGAUGAGGAUGCCUCUGAUAAUGAGGAAAUGGAAGAUGGGGAUGAGGACGAGGAAGAUGAUGAUGAUGACGAUGACGAAGAAGACGAAAGAAAUGCCUCUACCAUAUUCAUUCGGAAUCUACCCUUUACUUGCACAGAUGAGAUGCUCUACGAUCACUUCAGUCAAUUCGGACGACUACGCUAUGCAAGGAUCGUCGUGGACCCGGAAACCGAGCGCCCUCGAGGAACCGGAUUCGUAUGCUUUGUGAAGGCCGAAGAUGCCGCGUCAUGUGUCCGAGGUGCUCCCGAACAGACGGAUCCAGCAGCCAAAGAAAAAGACAAAAAGAGCAAAGGACCUCUUGCACAUAAGCAGUCUAUCUUGCAGAAUGAAACGGCCGAUCCCACGGGACGAUAUACGCUGGAUGGACGCGUGCUGCUGGUUGCACGAGCAGUAAGCCGGAAGCAGGCUGCCAAACUCGAGGAAGAAGGAGUCUCACGACGCCUUGUCCGGGAUAAGGAUAAGCGGCGCCUCUUUCUUCUUUCCGAGGGGACCGUCCCUUCGAACUCCCCUCUAUACCAGAAACUCUCCCCGACUGAGAUCAAGAUGAGAGAGGACAGCUUCAAGCAGCGACAGAAUUUCAUCAAGAAGAAUCCCACUCUACACCUAAGUCUCACUCGUCUCUCAAUCCGCAACAUUCCGCGACACGUAUCGUCAAAGGAUCUGAAGGCGCUUGCUCGGGAAGCCGUUGUUGGGUUCGCCAAGGAUGUCACGGCUGGCCUGCGCCAACCGCUGUCCAAGGAGGAACUUGCGCGAUCCGCCGACGAGAUGAGGGAGGCAGUGAAAGAACGAAAAGAGAAAGGCAAGGGUAUAGUUAGACAAGCUAAAGUCGUGUUUGAGAGUCGCGAGGGCAGCAAAGUCAACGAGAAAAGCGGUGCAGGCCGCAGCCGUGGCUACGGUUUCAUUGAGUACUACACUCAUCGCCACGCGCUGAUGGGGCUGAGAUGGCUUAAUGGGCACGCAGUCAAGCCUCCUACGACUCCCAUAGAUGGUGCCACCGAGAAGACGAAGCGGCUUAUUGUCGAGUUCGCUAUUGAAAACGCGCAGGUUGUCAAACGCCGGAAGGAAGCGGAGGCUAAAGCGCGCAGUCAUGAGAAGGGAAGCCGGAAUAAAGAUGUUCAGGAUAAAUCUUCAGCCACGAAGGACGACGCAUCGACGUCACCGGCUAGAGGAAAGAAGAGGAAGAGGUCAGAAGCAGGCAGCGACGGGAAGAAGGUCAACGGGGAGGAGGGAGACUCAGAGGAGCGAAAUAAGGUCGCGAAACGAAACCGGAUCAUUGCGAAGAAGCGAAUGCAGCGAAAAGCACGGAAGGGAAAGGCAUGACAACAUAUAUUAGGUAGAUAGCAGGGCUUUCAUGGAUAUAAUAGACAAUUGUACUACGUCGCAUUGUA